AGAGGACAGAGGGACGGACGGAUUACCUCAGAAAGAUGAAGCCGUCUUCAGGCUGGUGGUUAGUGUCUGUUUAUCUCACAUGUUUCCAUCCGUCUCUCAUUCCCGCCAUUCAGAGGAUCAUAGUCAAUUACUCCUCUCAGAAUCUGUCCUCGGUCCCAGAUGACCUUAAACCAUCCACCGAGGACCUGGAUCUGUCGCUAAACCACAUCCAGUCACUAAACUGCAAAGACUUCAACACAACACCACGUCUGCGAUUCCUCAAUCUGUCCUGGAAUAUUCUGGAAAACAUCGACAGAGACACAUUCACAUCUACUCCAGCUCUGGAGAUGUUGGAUUUGUCUCACAACGGACUCCAGAACCUCUCCGAACAGCAGUAUCUGCUUCAUUUGGGAUGUUUGGAGCUUUUAGACCUGUCAUCCAAUCGGUUUUCAGCCAUGGCUUUAGGAAAGGAGUUCUCGAUGCUAAAACGCCUGCAGUGGUUGGGAUUGAGCGCCAAAUCAAUCAGCAUCCAAGACUUUACUCAUAUAUCCAAUCUCACCUUGAGAACACUCUUCAUCAAUGCUGACGGGUUAUUGACGUAUGAGGGGAAUAGUUUAGAUGACGUACACGCAGAAAAGGCAGUCAUCGCCCUUUCAAGUACUAACGUGGAUAUCGCUAUCGCUAAUGAUGUUUUUGCACGUUUUAAAGAGGUUGAAUUCACUAAGGUGGACGGCAAGAUGGAGGUAGUCCAGCAGAUGCGCAGUCGAGCACUCAUGCACACUGUUCGAUUGGAAAUCUCCAAUGUGAAAACCACAUGGGAAUUUCUGACAAGUUCGGUAAACACGAUACUAUCGUCCACCAUUCGUGAGCUUUCCUUAACAGAUCUUACCCUGACAGAAAUGAAGGAUGGUGUUAAUCAAUCCUCAACCCACAUACUGGAGUCAUUCUCUACAAAAAGAGCGUCAGUAACCACGUUCAUCUUUGACCAAAAAAUGCUGUAUGACUUCUUCAUAAACACACCUGCGAGGAAAGUAAGUCUAACCGAGUCGCCUAUAAUCUUUAUGACCUGUCCUGGGACGAUCAGCAAGAUCCAGGAGUUGGAUUUGUCUGAUUGCGCCCUUACAGAAAAAAUCUUCUCGGUUAAUCCCGAGACAGAAUGUGGUACGCUGGUAAACCUGACAAGGCUGGUUUUGAGGGGCAACAACCUAAAGCAUCUAAGUCCACUGACUUCAAGAAUUAACCUGAUGGACUCGCUCCAAUACAUCGACCUCAGUCAGAACACACUUACCUAUUCGGAGAAUCAAGGCAGGUGUUUCUGGCCUCCCAGAGUCCUUCAUGUAGACUUGUCUAGAAAUGGAUUCGACGAAGUCGUCUUCAAGUGUUUGCCAGAUUCUGUGCAAGUCCUAAACCUUCGGCACAACCGAGUGUCCACAGUUCCUGCAGACAUCCACACUUUCGAUACCUUGCAAGUCAUAGACUUAACAUUCAACCGCUUGCUGGAUCUUCCCACCUGCCGAUCAUUCCCAAGCCUACAGAAGCUCCUGAUAAGAUCCAACUCCAUCCAUUCUCCUGUACCAGGAUCCCUCAAGACUUGUCAACAUCUCCAAGAUCUCGAUUUGAGCCACAACCCUUUCAUUUGCACUUGUGCGUUGCGUGAUUUUGCCUCUCUGAUCAAUGCACAGGGAAUAAAAACCUUUAGAUCAACUCUCAGACAUUGGCCAGACGGAUACAGAUGCAGUUACCCUGAAUCCUGGAGCAACUCCACAUUGGAAGACUUCUACCUUCCUGAGAUCUCCUGCAAUGCAUGGAUUCUGGCUAUCACGAUUCUAAUCCCGACGAUCAGUUUGAUUGUUGCUGUUAGCCUUCUGUGCAAUCGUUUGGAUAUACCGUGGUACGUCAGGAUGAUGUGGAAGUGGACUCGCGCCAAGCAUUACUCUAUAACCUCGCAGCUUAAAAAGGAGGACGUGGAAAGGUUGCGCUUCCAUGCCUUUGUAUCAUACAGCCAGAAAAACGCAGGAUGGGUCAAAUCUCAAUUUCUUCCCAAGCUUGAAGGCGACUGUGGGUUGCGCAUGUGUCACCACGAGCGGGACUUCAUCCCGGGAAAAACCAUCGUGCAAAACAUCCUCCGAUGCAUCGAGCAGAGCAGAAGGUGUGUUUUCGUGCUGUCGUCUCAUUUCGUCCAGAGCGAAUGGUGCCACUAUGAACUCUACUUCGCCAACCAUCAGAAGCUAACGCGAGGGAUGGACAGCAUACUUCUCAUUCUUCUGGAGCCUCUGCCACUGUAUCUCAUUCCCUCAAAGUACUACCAGCUCAAGACCAUGAUGUCCAGACGCACUUACCUGGAGUGGCCACAAGAGGGAGCCAAGCAGAAACUGUUUUGGGCAAAUCUAAGAGCGGCUCUACAGGCUGAGCUUCCUAAUACGCCAGACAGAGAAGAAGAGUGAUUAGAGGAGAUUUGAGAGAUGCAGACCUGGUGCAGUGCAAUAUGAGCUGGAUCCAAUGCUUUUUAUUAGGCUCACCUAACCCCACCCCUCACAG